UAGAAUCAGGUGUGUACCUGCUGGGUUGGAACAAGGUCUGCACCCACACCAGCCCUUUCUGGCGCCAAGCAGAAGGAAUACACUUCUUGACCUACGGGAGUUUACAGCCGCGACAGAACCGCUUGCCUUCGUCCGCACUGCAGCCAUCCUGGGACCCCAGCAGUUGUGUGUGAGACUCCAGCCACUCUCCGCCUCAUCUACGGUUGUGUCUCUAAGCCGUCGCCGUGAGAGACCGUGACCCCGCCCAUCGGGACCAGGGCCGAAUCGGUGGUGCUGAUUGGAGGAGAGAUGUUGGCGCGGGUGAGGGCGGUGGCUCUUGCUGGGCUGUCACUUAUCCUGCUGAUCUGGCGUGAAGCGUGUGCAAUCGAGGUUCCGCUCGACCCAAAGAUCCAACAAGUCCUGAAGCAGCCCCCCACCAUAGUGAAGCAGUCACUGAAGGAUUACAUUGUGGACCCCAGAGAUAACAUCAUCAUCGAGUGCGAAGCCAAGGGGAACCCACUGCCCAUAUACACAUGGCGGCGGAACGGAAAGUUCUUCAACGUGGCGAAGGACCCGCGGGUUUCCACGCGCCGGCGCUCGGGCACGCUGGAGAUCGGGUUCCGCAGCGGCGGGCGGCCCGAGGACUACGAGGGGGAGUACCAGUGCUUCGCCAGCAACGACUUUGGCACGGCCCUGUCCAACAAGAUCCUGCUCCGCGUGUCCAAGUCUCCCCUGUGGCCCAAGGAGGUGCUGGAGCCGGUGGUGGUGUCUGAGGGCUCCCCGCUGGUCUUGCCCUGCAACCCCCCGCCUGGCCUGCCCCCGCCCCACACCUUCUGGAUGAACAGCGCGAUGAUGCCCAUCACCCAGGACAACCGGGUCUCCAAGGGUCUGAAUGGCGACCUGUACUUCUCAAACGUCUUGGCCAAGGAUUCCACCACCGACUACAGCUGCAACGCCCGCUUCCUGUUCACUCACACCAUCCAGCAGAAGAACCCCUUCACCAUCAAAGUACCAACGAAAGAGCCCUUUAAUGACACAACAGGGUUCAACCACACUGACUGGUACAGUGGUCGAGGGAUAGCGGAGACCACGCCCACCUUCCUGUCCCCCACAGGGACACACAGCUCUAAGAUGGUGCUGCGUGGAGAACUGCUGCUGCUGGAGUGUAUCGCUGCGGGAUACCCCACUCCCUCCAUCAAAUGGUUUAAGAAGGGGGGGGACCUGCCCGGUAAGAAGGUGAAGGUGGAGAACUUCAACAAGACCCUGCGCAUCCAGGCCGUGUCCGAGGAGGACGCAGGGGAGUACAUCUGCAUGGCCAACAACAAGAUCGGCAGCAUCCGCCACUCCAUCUCCGUCCAGGUCAAAGCGGCCCCUUAUUGGCUGGACCAGCCAUCCAACGUCGUUCUGGCUCCAGAUGAGAAUGGUCGGCUUGUGUGCCGGGCCAAUGGGAACCCCAAACCCAGCAUCCAGUGGAUGAUGAACGGGGAGCCCAUCGAGAGUGCCGCCCCGAACCCGACCCGGCAAGUGUCGGGCGACACGCUGAUCUUCCGCUCGGUGCUCAUCGGCAGCAGUGCCGUGUACCAGUGCAACGCCUCCAACGAACACGGCUACCUGCUGGCCAACGCCUUCAUCAGCGUCCUCGACAUGCCACCGCGGAUGCUGGGACCCAGGAACCAGCUUAUCAAGGUGAUCCAACACAACCGCACCUACCUGGACUGUCCCUUCUUCGGCUCGCCCCUGCCCGAGCUCCGCUGGUUUAAGAACGGGCAGGGCAGUGGCUUGGAUGGUGGGCACUACAGGGUAUACAUCAAUGGCACUCUGGAGAUCCGACGCCUUCGGCCGGAGGACCAGGGCACCUACACCUGCGUGGCCAGCAGCAUCCUGGGCAAGGCUGAGAACCAGGUUCACCUGGAGGUCAAAGAACCGACCCGGAUCAUCCACGCGCCCGAGCACCUGUCGGCCAACCGCGGGAGCGUGGCACGCUUCAACUGCCGGGUCAACCACGACCCCACCCUCCCCCUCACUGUGACCUGGCUGAAGGACGACAAGCCCCUCAACCUGGUCUGGAGGAUGAAGACGGACGAGGAGUCUCUGACAAUCAACAACCUCCACGAGGGAGACCAGGGGAUCUACACCUGCUCUGUGAGGACAGAACUGGACCAGGACUCCGCCUCGGCCCGGCUCACCGUUCUGGAGGAGGACAUCCUGUCUGCCUCAAACCAUAGUGCCUUACACGCAGACCGCCCAGAUCCCCCGACAGACCUGGAGCUAUCAGACCCAUCAGAGAGAAGCGUCCGACUCACCUGGAUACCUGGAGACGAUAACUACAGCCCCAUCACAAUGUUCCAGGUUCAGUAUGAGGAAAAUCAGUGGGAACCGGGAAAAUGGCAGGACCUGGCCACUUUUGCUGGCCACUACAACUCCGCCAUCCUAAAGCUCUCGCCUUUCGUCAACUACCAGUUCCGAGUGAUCGCCAUCAACACUGUCGGCCCCAGUCGGCCCAGCCGGCCGUCUCCCCGUUACAGGACCAGCGGAGCCCCUCCUGAUGUCACCCCUGGUGGCAUACGAGGAGCCGGCAGCAAGAAAGACAACAUGGAAAUCACCUGGGAGCCACUGCAGGUCACAGAGCGGAACGGGCCAAACCUGCGCUACGUGGUGUCAUGGCGACGGCAAGACACAGCUGACGAUUGGACGACCGUCACCGCUAAAGGGCUGAAGCACGUGGUCCACGACACGGAAACGUACAAGCCCUACCAGAUCAAAGUGCAGGCCGUCAACGAGUUUGGGCCGGGCCCAGAGUCCGACGUGGUCCUCGGGUACUCCGGGGAGGACGACCCCACCGAGGCCCCCACCAACUUGCGGUUUUCCAAAAAUGACAGCACCGAGGUGACCGUGCACUGGACCCCUGUGGACCCCAGCUCGGUCCGGGGGGAGUUCAAAGCAUACAGGGUGUACUACUGGAGGGAGAGCAGCCAGCUGAAGGGGCUGAGUGUGAGCAAGGAGAAGAUGACCCACGACUUCUACAGCACCAGCCCCGAGCCCAGUGGCGUCCUGGCCCCUCUCAUCCCCUACAGCAACUACAAGAUGUACAUGGUGGUGGCCAACAAGGACCAUGAGGGUCCGCCCAGCAACACGGUCCAGUUCCAGACCAAGGAGGGAGUGCCUGGCCCUCCGAAGUUCUUCAGGAUCAUUCAGCGACACUCGAACGUCAACUUGAAGUGGGACAAGCCCUUGGAGCCCAACGGCAUUCUCAUCGGAUACAUACUUAAGUACCAGACAGUGAACGGGACACAGCUGGGGCGCAGGCAUGUGGAGAACUUCUUCACCAACGUGACGGAGUACACGCUUCGCCUGCCCGACCGCUUCACACGCUACAAGUUCAGCCUGGCGGCACGGACGCAGGUGGGCGCCGGGGAAACGUACGCCGAGGAGUCGCCACACUUUUCUAAUGAAGAAGAUUUUGCCAGCACAGAGUUGCCCACAGAUGAUUUGGUGCCCACAAGUGUUCCCACGACUGCCCCCUCUACCCCCUCUCCCACCUCUACCACUACUACUACCACCACCACUGCUAGUACUACAGUCACUACAACCCCCAGCACUACUACUACUGCUACUACUGCCCCAACCAAGAGCGUGGAUGUGCUGGCCAGCGCCGGGACACAGAUCUGGGAUCUGACGGUGGACGCUAACAGUGACUAUGCUAACGUCAGCUGGAAUCACGACUACCCCCCCAACAACUGUGAAUUUGUGGUAGAGAUCACUCUGGACAGUAACGGGACUAAGAGGAAAGUGCCGGUCAGAAACCAGCGGCGGGUAAAGCUGGAGGGACUGACCGAGGGCACCAAGUACCGCCUUCGAGUGUUCUCCAAUGACCACCUCGCUAUCACCAGCAAAUCCGUCAGCUUUGAGACCAGCCCAGCCUUCAUUAAGGACGAAGUGGACAUCGCCACGCAGGGCUGGUUCAUCGGGCUGAUGUGCGCCAUCGCCCUGCUCGUCCUCAUCCUCCUCAUCGUCUGCUUCAUCAAGAGGAGUCGCGGGGGAAAGUACCCAGUGCGAGAUAAGAAGGAUCUCCCAUUGGACGCAGUUGAUCAGAAAGAUCAGGAUGGGUCUUUCGAUUAUCGCAGUGACGAGGACAACAAGCCCCUGCAGGGCAGCCAGGCCUCGCUGGACGGGAACGUGAAGGAGAGCGACGACAGCCUGGUGGACUACGGCGAGGGCGGGGACGGCCAGUUCAACGAGGACGGCUCCUUCAUCGGCCAGUACACCGUCAAGAAGGACAAGGAGGAGACGGAGGGCAACGAGAGCUCCGAGGCCACCUCCCCCGUCAACGCCAUCUACUCGCUGGCAUAGCACCGCCCCCCAGGGGAGGACACAUCUACACACACACACAACCAACCCAACGCCGGGAGGCCACAAACUCCCACGCCCCCUAAGGGUCAAUCCCACCUUCAGUGUACAGGAGUGGAGGACGUGACAAAUUGGCCUGCAAAGGUGACUUUUUUUUUUUUCGGAGCCAGAACCAGUACCUUGUCUCCCCACACUCCUCUUCCCCUGCACAGACCUUGGUGUACUUUUCAGGGGGCGGGGUUGAAAGGACCACGUAAGUGGAGGAGGAGGAAACGUUGGGGGUUUUCAACCAUUUUGUGUGGCUUUGCUUUUUCUGCCAAUUUCUUUUGUUUGUUUUACUCUCCCCUUUCUCCCCUCCUUCUCUGUUGCUAGCUUCAAAAGAAAGGAGUGUAAAAUUGCCAGAUCUGUUAACAUAUCAGUUGUACGGUACAAGCCAUCCUAUCACCAGGAUACUGGCAUGGGUUUAUCAUAUUGAUAUAUUCAUAAUGAAAGAUCUUGGUUCCUGGUUGAUAAAUUGAAUAAGGAAAGAAACAGUGCCGGCACAUAUCUGUGCCCUUCAAAACUAUGCACUCUGUACUACCAUCCAAUGGCUUUGUUCAUUUCGGGUUACAAAAUCUCUCACUUCCUUGUUGUUGUUUUUUUUCUUGGCAGCACUAGAAAUCCAGUUACAAAUCUGUUUUCUUUCUCAGAAUGUUAUGGUACAUAAUGGUAUGUGUAGUCUUUUUGUUCGCUUUCGUCCAGUCUGUAGAGAAUUUUAAUGGCUGUUGCUGUAGCAUAAUCACUGUGGCCACCUGCCUUUGCUAGACUGGACUGCCUGCCUUUCCCUGUAAAAGGAAAAAAAAAAACAAUAUUAAUAUGAGAUAUUAUUCUAAAGCAUGGUAGUCUUCUAGUGCAAGUCACAACAGAGGUCAAAGAGAGUAGCAAAAAGGUGCAAAGUGUUUCUGGCCACCUAGUGGGUAGCUCUCCAUAUUUUUUGACUCUUAGCCUAGCUCCGCUGUGACCCAUAUUUAGCCCUGGAGCUGAAGGCGUUCUGCCCGACAUACGAGGGUACGGUCCCAGGACUGAUCCAUUAGCAUCAGCCUGCAAGUCUUCAUAGGGUUGGAGUGUACCGGCAUAUUGGUAAUUCCUGUUGACUUUGUUGUAGAAAAGCAAGCAAUGCUUUUUUUUCCCACUUCUUGUUUUUAUUGCACGGCUGAAUAGCGAUCAAUAUUCAUUUUGAUCUGAAAGAAAUCUUGUUGCCAGAGGUCAAGAACAUGUCUGUAUUUCCCUAGAAUAAUUACUCUUAGCUCUUGAAGAUUAAAUAUACUACAGUCGCGUAAUCUCCGCCGUUCAGACAGGCAGGGAGCUGUAGGCUGAACAGUGAUACAAGAGUGUAUUUGCUAUAUAUCUAUAUAUCUUAAGACACUAGGUCAUAAUCUGCCUGGGGAGUAUUUCACUGGAGUAUGCUAUGGAGUAUGCUUUAGAAACGUCGAUGUCAAAAAGGCCACCGCACAGAAAAGCUAAAUAUUCGAUGCCUCUGAUGUUCCUCGGAAAUUACAGUUGAUAUCUCCCAGCGAUUAGCCACCCGAAGAUGCUUAUGUGCUCCCUGUAUUUGGAGCAUGGUUUAUGCACUGCCCAGCAGACGACUCACUGUAAAACACGCAGGUCCAAGCCGGGGAGCCGAUGGCAGUGAGCCCUACCAUUCAUCACUAACGCCCGUUCCAGUAUUGUGUAGCUGGCCAUCCAGAAGGACUCAAAUACAUUUCUGUGGAUGAAACGGCGUCCUUCCUUAUUUAGAAUGAUAUAUUAAUUGCAUUUUGUUUAUAAUGUCAAUAUUAAUUUAUGAAUUAUUGGUCAAAUACAUUAUUUUAAUAACAACUGUUGUACUACCGUGUCACAUUAAGGAGGAGAAAUAUACAUUUGGUCUGCCUAAUGCAUUUCUGUUUCAGCAAAAUUGUACCAGUUAUGUCAUAGCAGGCAGCGUCGUGGCAAUGGGAACUUCUGUUGUACAACGAUGUUGCAGUCACAAACCUGUUGCUUCUCUCUAGUGUUGUUCUUGUUGAUGUUGUUGUAUAACUGUUGUAUUACAUGUUAAGAAUUUACUCUAUGACUUUGACACAAUGCAAAAAAUGAGAUAUUCUUUAUAUUUAUUGGUUACAAAUAGAAACUGGGAUAAAAAAAAUUACUAUAUUUUAUCUAUGUAAUUAUUUAUUAAGUUGUAGUGAGAAGAAAAUGUAAGCUGCAUACACACUUUUACAAGUACACAGUACACAGUGUUGAAUCAACUCUUAUGGAGUGCAUAUGAUCCCAGUUGGCCGCUAUAUACUCUGGUAUAGCUGAAUUGACCCUGGACAUUUUACUGUGUUCCUACAUCCACUAAGAGUAUGAAGUGUACUGAGGUGGCAGACUGUACACUCUCAAAAAUAAAGAUAUGAGAAUUGCAACCCUGGCCAGCAAUAUAUAAUUAAUUUGUACCUUUUUUUCUUGGAAAACUUGUUCAUUGUACCCAAAGGGAAGAGAUUUGAGAAAUUUGGUCCUUGAAGAACAAAAAUGUAGCUCCUCUGUCACUUUAUUUCUGAGAGUGUAUGUGAAUUCUCCUCUGUGUGGUGUAGAUUGAGGUUUCACGGGAGAGCUUGGCAGUUAGACUCCGCAUUCCUCCCCAGUGCCUGAGUUUUAUUUAUUUAUGUUAUUUGGCCCUUGUUUUUUCACCAUGUCAUCGUUAGGCACCUUUAGCGUGUAGGAGGUUAUUUAAAAAGCAGCUCCCAAGCCUCCAGAAAAUUAAAGAAAUUGACAAAUCGUAGAAACAAACAUCCUGGGAGAUGUACAUAUCGAGUACGACCAUAAUUGAGCAUAUAUAAUCUUUAUGUGUGCACCUGGUACAAAGAAAUCACAACCUUAUAAAAGGCGUUAACUGAGGUAAUAGAGAAAUGUUUGUCUUUGACGCGUUUCAUGUCUGUUUAUUCAGCAUACAAAAGGUUAAGACUACACUGAGGCAGUGCUCCCUCAUGUCCCAUCAUGCCUUUCACCUAGCGCGCCUGCUGGUUCACCUGGCCUGGUGACAGCUCUUUAUGACAGGGCUCAGUGCACAGACCUACAGUACGCUCACACUUUUUAACAAAGAUGUCCCUCGAGAUGCCUUCAUCUUCCCCUGAGCCGUGAAAUCCCCUCUCUCCCAGUCAUGCUGUGCCUGUUCCACUGUGUCUCUUUUCCUUUUCUAAAAACCUCAGAAGCAAUAUCCUCCAGACUCUUUUGGGGAUUUCGACACCUCGGUGUUUGUUUGUUUCGGGUCUCUGGCACUGUGGCUGCUGUGUGCAGAGGACUCUGUGGAGCUCAAACGGACCCAGGGAUUUUGAAACGGUAACAGACCAUGUGCUGGUGCAGGCUGUGCGCCCAGGCCUUCCCACGGACAUACGGGGGUGGGGGUGCGAGUCUGUUUCCACCUCUCACCCCCUGAAGGAGGCCCCACAUUGAAGUUCGAUUUUAUCUCAUUAUCACAUCAUCCUGAACUUGCCUUGGACAACUGGAUUUGCCUCAACUCUACACUCUGAACCCGUGUACACUCCAGCGCAACCCCAGAAAGAUUGAGGCUCUCCAAAUUCUUCCCCAAAAAGGACACUUGAAAAUGUAGACGUGCGUACAUGUUCAUCCUCACUCUUUUCUAAUGUCCUUGUCUGAAAUGAUUUGAUCUGUGUGUGUCGAUUUGCCGAUAAGGCCAGUUGUAUAUCCUUUCACCUGGGCUUAUAAUGGCUACGUAAGCUAGGCUGUUCCUCAGUACAGGAACGUAAUCACUUGUCAAGAAUAACCUAUGUCAGUUGUGCAUUGUUAGCCUGUUGUGCUGAUCCAGUCCAAAAGAACCAGUCUUAAGUAACACACAGUAAUAGUGCAUAAAAUUAAUUAAAAUGAAUUACUGGACACUUGGACAUGCAUCAUAAAUGCUUACUAUUUGAAUAACCUCAUGUCUUAAUUCAUUAUUAUUAUUAUUAUUAUUAUUAUCAUUAUUAUUAUUAUUAUUAUUGCCACCAUACACACAUAUCUAUACAUAUAUUUAGCCUUGGGAAUUGUUUUAUAUUGAUUUAUAUUUAUUUUCUAUUGUAAAUGUUACUGUACCUAGCAGCAUUGAGACACUGGUCCUACAGGCAAGAUGAACAGUGUUGGAACGGUACGUGAGAUAUGAACAGAAAAAGAGGAAAAUGGCAUAUUAACAUACUCAUUAUGUAUGCGUGUAUGAUGAGGGGCAGACCCUAAUCGCUAGAGCCGCCUUUCUUUAUAGUAAAGCCAUUUCAUUUUCUCUA